AUGAGCUGCUUCAAGACUGCAGCGCCGCGAUUGGCGCGUUGCGCCUUCCAAGACCCUUCCUCGGCCACCCUCCUCCGCCGAACGAUUCGUACCGCUGCGACGUCGACAACGACGUCGACAACAACAAGUGACAAACCGCCAACGGCCUCGUUGAGCCCACGAUGGCUAUCAGACGUCAAGACUCGGAUAGGCGAAUGCAUCAAGUUUGGUCUGAACCCUACGCAGACACAGGAGGCAUGCGCGAUCCUGCACGAGGUAGCGCAUGACUGGAGAGGAUUGGUGGCAGGCAGUGAGGGAUUCUUGACGGACAAGGACAGUCGGGGGCUAUACAGGCAGGAGGUCGUCUGGGGAGAAAUGCCGCGUUUGACGCCGUUCAUAGGCCAUGUCAACAAUGUUGUGUACAAUCGGUGGGCAGAGUCUGCCCGGGUGAAUUGGGCGCUCAACUUCGCUCGACAGGAUCCCACCCACAAGGAGGGCUGGUUACAGCUCAUGACUCCCUUGAGUGUGGGUUUGAUUCUACGUAGUAUCCGGACAGACUACAAGUUUCCGAUGAAGUACCCGGACCGUGUAACCGUUCUCCACCGACUGAGGAGCAAACCAUCAGCGCAGAUGGACCAUUUCAUCCUGGACGUGCUCAUCCUUUCCGAACUGCAUCGCCGGCCUGCAGCUCGCUGCGUUGAGGAUAUCGUAGUGUACGACUAUCAGCAGGCCAAGAAGGCCCCACUACGGCCGUUCAUGGUCGAUAUGUUUGACAAGACAUGGCGAUUGCAAGAACAGGCCAAGAAGGCAUAUGGACAUAAAGUCAAUGAUCUAAUUGGGCGAGUGCGGGCAUUGGAAAAGGAUAGCUGGGACAGGCCAGAUGCGAAGGAGGAUCUUGGGACAGCAAACAACCCGUAA